AUGCAGGACGACAAAUUGCCAGCAGUGCAAGCUGCUUCCGUCUCACUCGCCGACGCUGCAAGACCCACAAGACCGGGGGCUCACUCGCGCAAUACUGAUCUGAUACUCGCAGACGAGGAUGGUGAUGAUUCGGCACCACCCGCAUACGGAGACAUCUACGACGAGAUCCGCGGUGAGGAGGAUGGCAUGGGCACAACUGCCCGUAUAACUGAUGACGGCCGUGUCGACAUCCGCAUCAACCAAUUCAGCCGACGCCUGUCGCAAGUCUUCAGCCCUGCUUUACGCCAGCAGAUUCCCAGCAGCCAAGACAGUCCUCCAAGCCCUCCAGUCGCCCGACCACCUCCAUUGAACAUCUUUAUCCAGGUUGUGGGCUCGUGCGGAGAUGUUCAACCCUUUGUCGCUCUCGGCAAAGUCCUCAAGGAGACCCAUGGCCACUGGGUACGCUUAGCAACUCAUGCCAACUUUGAGAGCUUUGUCAGAGGGAAUGGCCUCGAGUUCUUUGACAUUGGUGAUGAUCCUUCGCGGUUGAUGGCCUUCAUGGUCAAGAACCCGGGCCUGAUGCCGGGCUUUCGAAGUCUAGCAAGCGGAGACGUCAGUCAGCAAAGACGAGACGUUGGCGAGUACAUUCAAGGCUACUGGCGAUCGUGUUAUGAAGCUGGUGACGGGAUGGGACGUCUCGCUAUAGACGUUCAUGAUCUCACUGGACCGCCUGAGACGGAUACAAGACCAUUCGUGGCCGACUGCAUUAUCGCCAAUCCUCCCAGCUUCGCCCACGUUCAUUGUGCAGAGAAGCUAGGAUGCCCUCUGCACAUCAUGUUUACGAUGCCAUACUCACCUACACAUGGAGGUAUAGUGGCACGAGCCGGCGCUGGACCCGAACCGAUACCCAUUAAACAACUCACUGCAAGUCGACUUGCCGAUGCUAUCACAUUCUGCAUGAAACCCGAAAGCUUAGAAAAUGCGAAGACCCUCGCUUCUAAGAUCGCAGCUGAAAGACCCGGCAGCGAAGUAGGGGCUGAACUGUUCCAUCAAUGCCUAGAGUCUGAUCGACUUCGCUGUACCCUUACACCGUCUCGGACGGCUGUCUGGCGUGUCAAACGCUCGAAGAUCAGGCUGAGUGCACUCGCUACAUGUACUCUGGCUAAUGUUAAUAUGUUGGAGUUUGACGACUUGAAGCUCUUCCGGGUACAGGAGUACUAUACGGAUGAAGGCCCUGUGGACCCAAUAUCUGGAGGCUUCACCGCUGCUUGUAGAGCGGUCAGUGGUAUGGGACUGGGCAUUGCCGAAAUUCCUUCUGAGACGUGGAAGGGUUUGCGCGAUGUAGCUGGACCUAGUCGAAAGACAUCACAGACACCAGUCGCCGAAACCAGCCGGGGUUCGUUAGCGAGACCAAGUUCGAUCCGAACAACUUCACGGCUGGGAGGGACUAUGCAAGAUUCGGAAGAUCUUGCCGGUACUCAGAGUCGUCCCAAAUUAUCCAAGGCGCCAUAUUCGAGUUCAAGUUCUACGCCGAGCUCAGGAUCUAGCGCACUGCAUCGUCAUUUCAGCGCCGAAUCGAGUCACACUAGGAGAGAUCAAGUCCGUAAUCGCGUCGAAAACGUACCCGGCAAGAGUCGGGAUGCACCCCAACCCACUGCAGCACACACGAGCCAAGGUAUCGGACGCGACAUCGCCGUCAAUCUGACCAGAGGAAGUCACAAUCUGCCCAAACUCUGGGGCGACGAUACCGAACAGGUCACCGAUAUAAAGACCGGUUUUAUCGCUGUAGGCAGAGAAUCUGGCCUGCUGGGCUGGUACGAUGGGGUGACUGGCUUAGUAACGCAACUGUGGAAUGGCGCUCGUAAAGAGGGUGCUGCUAGGGUUGCUAAGGGUGUUAGCAAGGGGAUAGUAGGGUUCAUUGCUAAACCACUUGCAGGUACUAUUGGUGUGCUUGGGCACUCAAUGAAGGGGUUUCACAAAGAAGCUCAAAAGGCACACCGCACCAAUAUACAGAGGUACAUUGUAGCUUCGAGGGCCGCGCAGGGGUACGAGGACUGGUUGUUAAGCUCUGAAGCAGAGAAGCAAGAUGUGAUUGAACGUUGGAAGCGUAUAAAGAAGCAUUUGAAGAAGCGCAACCAUGAUGAGGUGCUGAAGGAUGUCUUGGGGGCACAGCACAAAGCCACGACGGAGAGA